UUCCAGGAAUGGAGAAUGACACUAACUUGGGAUAGGUCCACUUGGGCAAAACAAAAAUGAAUAAGGUGACCCUUCCCUGCCAGAGCCCAUUAGAUAACCAAUGAUGGAGUGUUACAUGGGUUCAGCAAGUCUAAGAAGCAGCUGUUCAUUCCCUUUUAUUAAUACAGAAAGAAAAAAGUAUUAGAGACUUGCCUGUCUCAUGCAAUGAGGUGGAACAGACUUUGUGACAUUUUUUCAAGCCAAGGCCUCCUCCCAAAGGUGACCAAGCCUUCCACACCCAUUCUCCAGACCUGCCCAGGCCUGUAGUUGCUGCCCAGGGAGCCAAAGCUCCUCCCCAAACAAACUUGAUACUGCAGACCCCAUAAACCUGGCCUUUCCUCUCUGCCUCUGGCUUCCUGUUUCUUCCUCUCCCUUUCCCCUGCUUUCUGUCCUGUCUUCUGCAGGUUUUGGCUUGACAUCAGGGAAGGGAUUCCUUCCCAUGGCCUCCCACUCUGGGGAGCCAGAGCUCCUGCCCUGUGGGUCCUGUGACAUGGUUUUCCGCUCCUGGGCCCUGUUGGCCACUCACACUCAGCGCUUCUGCAUUGGCCGUUUGACCCGGGAGGUGACACUUGGAGCACAGCCUUCAAAAGCCUCGGAACCACGAAGCCCCACGGUUGUGUCACAACACCAGGGCUUCCCAGACCAGGCCGCCAGCAGAUCAGCUUUAAGGAAGCUAACAGAGGAGGUGCAGGGGCUGCGACUGUACCUGCAGGAAAUGCAACCCUGGAUAGCAACAAUCCCCAGGGGGUCAGCAGGGCCCUGGGGGCGUUCAGAGGCUCCGACCCAGGGCCCCAGCUCUGAGGUUGCUGCGAGCCCCGGGGAACGGCUGCGGGCCCUCCACCAGACUCGUACUAAGCGCGUGGUGGAGACAGAGGCACAGAGCCUGGCCCUGGCGCUACGAGGCGAAGAACUGAAGCGGCGCCUCCAGGGUUUGGCCCGCCCCCGGGGCGGUAUAUCUCGCCUAUUAGGCCUGGAGCAGGAGCUUGGAGAACUCCGGGCCGAGGCCGGACGGACAAGGGGAGCACUAGAGGUGUUGGGAACGCGCGUUCAGCAGCUACAGGCCGAGCCCCGGCCCGGGCUAAACUCCUUGCGAGAGGCAGAACUCUGUUGUCCGGCGCGACAGUCCAACCCAGGGUCUCUGGCUGCGGAGAUCGGGGCCCUGCGGGAGGCCUACAUUCGAGCCGGGGGCCGGGACUCCGGCGUUCUCGGCCAGAUAUGGCAGUUGCAAGUAGAGGCAUCGGCUCUGGAGCUUCGGCGGUCACGUACCCGCAGGGGAAGGUGGGCAGAUUCCACAUCCCGGGAGCGUCUAGUAGUGGAGGCUGAAAACCGGCGCCUGGAGGCAGAAAUUCUGGCUUUGCAGAUGCAGAGGGUUGCAGGCCCAGCACCCUGGGGGUCCAGGGAGCCACAACUUGUGGCCAAUCCCAGCCCACGCCUGAGAAGGAGGGAAGAUCCCCCAUGCCUCCCACCACCGGUGGCUCCUCCGCUGCCACCACUUCCACACUCCACGGGCGUCCUAUUCUUGGGUGGCACAGGAAAGACUCCACAGCUUCCUGGAGCCAUAACCAGGAACCUGGGUCUGGAUCCACACUUUGUCCUGCCCACAACUGACGUUCUAGGCCCUGCACCCUACGAUCCUGGGGCUGGCCUGGUCAUUUUCUAUGACUUCCUACGGGGCCUUGAGGCUUCUUGGAUUUGGGUGCAACUAAUGACUGGCUUGGCUCAAGAUGGACAGGAGACAGGAGGGAUCACAGCUUUGCCCCCAGCCCUUUGUUUGCCCCCUCCUCCAGCUCCUGGGCCCAUGGGCAACUGUGCCAUCCUUGCCAGCAGGCAGCCUGCACCCAGACUCCGACCAUCACCAUCAGUAUCCUUGAUCUGUGAGCUACAAGCCUGGCAGGGGCUGGCAGGGGCUAGGGCACCACAACCAAAGGCCUGGGCCUCACUGGUGCUCUUUGACCGGGAUCAGAGGGUACUGAGUGGCCGUUGGCGUCUUCCACUUCGGGCCCUUCCUCUGGAUCCCAGCCUUAGUUUUGGGCAGCAGAAUGGAAUUCCCCAGGAAGGUCAGACUGAGCUCUUUCUGCGGCUGGUGAAUGCAAGAGAUGCAGAAGUCCAAACACUGGCAGAGAUCAAUCCAGCUAAUGCCCAUGAGUACCAGUACCCACCUCUGAUGUCCGGCUCAUCUUCACUGGAAGCCAGCUCCCUUGCCCCAAUAGCUGGCUUUGUUGACCCCCCUCCUCCAGCAGAAGAGCCCUUGGCAGCAGUCAAGGGUAGAGAUGGUUUGGGCUGCACCAGCUUUGACCCACCCCCACUGGCUUUCCGAGUCCAGGAGAAUGUGGGUAUGAAUAGUGUAACACAUACAGGACUAGGUCCUAAUUGAGGCCUAUUCCCAGACCUGCUGCUUUGCUACUGUUCUGAUGGAAGCUCUAGAAGCAAAAAGCACAUGAGCACAAAAUAUGAGCUCCAACCAGAGCUUUACCACCUUCUACACAUAUUUGGCCUUUCUUUACCAGUCUUCCUUUUGUAAAACAAAUUGAUGAGAGGAUUAAAUAUUGUCAAGUACUUGCAGUAUCACCUGGUAUAUGGGAAGUUUUUUUUGUUUUUAAUAUAUCUUUAUUGAUUUCAGAGAGAGGAAAGGAGA